AUGGCACUUUGGAUGAAUGGGAGGGACUUUGGAUUGGUGCGGAUGACACUUUGGAUUAGUGCGUGUGGCGCAUUGGAAAAGUACGAGUGGCUAUUUGGAAUGUUGCAGUUAAUAGAUGAUGAAACCAGCUUUCGAGACAUCAGCGACGCUCGAUCUGAAACAACGAAUCAGCUUAAUCGUCACGUCACAAGAAGUUCCAUCGAUAAUAGUAAUAUUACCGUUCUGCCCAUUGAUAUGCAAAUUGACCUGAACGAUGCUGAUUUCUCGUCCGAGAAUAGCAAGCUAUGAAUGAUGCUGGUUCCUGUGAAUUGGCUUCUUGAAGUUUCCCAUUUCUGACAUGGCAUGUGAUAAUAAAAACUACACCUUCUUCCGUUAUUUAUGAGUGUGGAAAUCGUUUAAAAUCCCAGCACAAAAGAUUUUAGUCACUGAGCCAAAGAAAAAUAUAACCAUAAAAAUGGUUGAUACUGAGCUUAGUGCUUCUGAAAUUUUACUGAAAGAGCCAACAGCAAUGUGUUUUAUGGAGACAGAAAAGUUUAGAGAAAUUGAAAUUGCCAAAGUUGUUAAUGAUGUUGAGGAGAGUAAACAUGUGAAAAAUCAGUCAGUUGUUCAGCACAUACAAGGAAAUAAACCUGCAAAUCCAUUCCCUGAUUCUCCUAUAUCUUUGACUGAAUCUAGUGACUCCAGUGACUUACCUACCAAACGAAAUGCAAGGAGGAAAAAAAAAUUGUGCCCUCGCAAAGUAAAGAGAGUUAAAAAGUUUUGUAAUGAUAGCAUAUAUGAAGUGGAGUACAUAUUGGAUUAUGUUGAAUUUGAAGAAGAUGCCUUUUAUUUAGUGAAAUGGAAAGGUUGGGAAUCAAAAUACAAUUCUUGGGAACCAAAAGAAAAUGUUAAUAACUGCCAACAUAUUUUAGAUGAGUACUUUUCAAGUGUAUAUGGUGGCUGUAUAUUCUCUAGAGAAACUAUUGAUUCAUUUGGUUGGAGUCUGGUAAAACCAACAAGGCAAACACUAGAGGAGUUAAUGCCUUCCUUAGUGGUGGAUGGUGGUGUGCAAUACCAAGUGCCAUCUUUAAGGAAAGUGUGUAUGGCUCUUAGUUCUCUGCUUAGUGUAGCUGAGUCUGAUAGAAGAUCUGAGACGCUGGAAACUGUGAAGAAAGAUAUCAUGCUGCGGUGUUUACAUGUGAAGAGAACAAGACAACUUAAAUCUCUUAAAGAAUGGGAGGAUGAAAUUAAUGCAUCUUCUAAUACUGCUGCAGACAUCAAAGUCGAGAACAUUGUAGAUUUGGAGGGCCCACCGGAAAACUUUUUCUAUGUAAAUGAUUAUAUCCCUGGAAGUGGUGUUUCAAUCCCAGAUGAACCACCAAUUGGAUGCAGUUGUACAGUUUGCAGUGCAGAAACCUGCAGUUGUGUUAAAGAGGCAGGUACCCAGUUUGCCUAUUGCCCUAAUGGCACAAUAAAAAUUUCUUCACGUUUUCCGAUCUAUGAGUGUAACAAACUUUGUAAAUGUUCAGACAGUUGUGUAAAUAGAGUGGUUCAGAAAGGAUGUAGGGUGAAACUGAGCAUAUUUCGUACUAGUAAUGAUUGUGGGUGGGGAGUAAAAGCUUUAGAAAGUAUUCCAAAAGGCUCCUUUCUUUGUGAAUAUGUAGGAGAAGUUAUAAACACUGAGGAAGCAGAAGAAAGGGGAGAAAAAUAUGAUUCUGUAGGACAAACCUAUCUCUUUGAUUUAGAUUUUAAUGACAAAGAGCAUUGUCCUUAUACUGUUGAUGCAGCAGUCUAUGGGAAUAUUUCACAUUUCUUUAAUCAUUCCUGCAGUCCAAAUCUCACAGUGUAUGCAGUAUGGAUUAAUUGCUUGGAUCCAGAUUUACCAAAAUUAGCAUUCUUUGCUAAAAAGCCAAUCCAUGCUAAUCAAGAAAUCACGUUUGACUAUCAUGCUCAAACAGUGAUUCCUAGAGCCUCUACAUCAAAUAUUAUUUGCAAAUGCAGGUCUACAAAUUGUCGAAAAUAUCUUUUCUAAUUAUAAUUUUGUAUUUACAGUAAUAGAAAUUUAAAUAUGAAAUUUUGGUUUUAGCAAUUGCAUAAUGCAUCUUUAAUAUACUAUGAAUUAGUAAUGAAUAUUUGUACUAUUUGUCAUAAGCGAAUGAAAUAUCUUUUGUCAUGCUAAAAUGAGGAAAUUUUGAACAAUAGCAAUAAAUUAUAUCUUCUAUUCUUCUUAAAUUUUCUGACAUUAUCAGGAUUAUUAUAUUAUUAGAAAAGGAUACAUUUCUUAAAGGAAUAAAAUCUUUGUGACAACAUUGUGAAAUUGUUAUAGGAAUUCACGCAAUACAGUACCAUGUAUAUUGGAUGUUAGCAAUUUUAAGUAUGUGUUUGUAAACUGGAAGUUAUUAAGUGUAUGUUCAGAAUCUAAAAGAAGUGAAGUGUGAGAAUUAGCUUUCACAAACAUACAUUUGUGAUGACAAAUUCAUUCAUGGCAUACUCACUCAUUUCUUAAAUUACUUUUUAUCUGAUGUAAAGUGUUGUUGAUAACUACUUAAUGUAAAAUUUUGACUGGUUAAUUUUGUUUCCUUGAAAAAUUGGUGAUCAAAACUAUUAGCAUUGGUCUUGAAGAAAUUAAGUGUGCUGAAAUGAUUAUUUGUGUUUGUGGAGUAAUAACAUUUUCAUACAGUUCUAUCACAGAUUUGGCAUCAAAUUUUCAGAUUAUCAAGACAGCGUUUGCUCAAUUUUAUCAUUACUGUCUAGGUGUAAUUUAUUAAAAGAAAAUGAAAUGAAAUACCAUUUCUACAUUGUUGAUCAUGUUGCGUGCUGAGAACAGUUGUGUCCUAACUCUGAAAAACAUUGCAAAGAAGUUCUGAGACAUUUACUGGGUUAUUUAUUUACAUCCCCUUGUAAAUAAGACAGUAGUGUAUUCUGGCAGAAUUGAAAUUUUGUGACAAAUAAGUGAUUUUUCACUUAUGUGCUUCAAGAGGCUAUUCAUGAACCUUCUGUCUCAUUUCCAAUGAUUUUGGAGUUUGGAGUAUUGUUCGCAUCAAAUGAUACGAUGUAAACUUUUAUAAAGUUUUAUUUACCUUCAUAUCUGUGUUAAGUUUUUAGAGAAAGACAGUACUUCAUAAAAUUAUUUUGUGUCUGUUUGUUUGUUAUAUGUAAGAUUGAAAAGAAAAUUGUGAGAAAUAUGUCUGUCUUAAUUAAUUAUGCUCUUGUAUAUUGUUGAUUUCCUGUUGUAUGUUUAUUCUAUAAAUUGUUUACACUUCAUGGUUUUCUGUUUGAUGUGUCAUCUCUCUGGAAAUAGUUUAUGUCUGUUAAUAUUCUCUUGUAAUUAGAAGAACAUCAGAACCUCAGUUGAAAGUAUUUAGUUGAUAUAAUUAAUUUUUGUUUAUUAUACUAUUUUUCUUUGUUUGAAAGUAAACUCUUCACUGUUUUGUUGGAGUUAAAUGUAUAUUAUUAAUUGUGAAUUUUUACGUGUUUCUUGUUAUUUUCUAUAUGUUACUUUGAUCUCUGAAUGAACAUUUUUUAUUAAUAAUUUCUUUUUGCCAAGCCACUACAUUUGUCAUUGAGUGAAUGGUUUAGCUGUUUAGUGUUCAACAUGUAGUGUUAGCAUUCCUGUUAAGUUGUGCUGCUGUAAUCAUGUUAGCAUUGUUCUUUUUUUUCUUCAAUAAUUUUCCAAAAUGUAUUUCAAGUGAUACUGAAAUAUGAAAAUGUUUUAUUUUUGAAGAUAUUCAAACUUUGAAAUGAUUUUUCUUUUAAUUAAGUUUUAAAGUAUAUUGUUAAAUUUUUUCUGGAAGAAAAUAACAAUUAGUGUUUUUCUUUGAAAUCAUUCAAGACAAACAUCAUUUGGUCAAUUUUAAUUCUACAAUCAUGAUUGUGUAAUUUAAUGACAUUAAUUUUAUCUGUAAUUGUGAAUAGAAUGUCUCUUUGACUAAAGAGAACAAUGUCUUGUCUCCACCAAAAUAUUGGGAAGUGAGAAAAAUGAAAUCUAUUUUUUUCUCACCUUCCAUUUUUAAAUAUACGGAUUUAAGUUCCAAAAAUAAAAUUAAUCAUACUUUAGAAUUUUGUAACACUACAGAUAUAUGCCACUUUUAUUGUUAUUACCAAAUGAAUGAAUAAUUUUUUAGUUUUGUUUUUCACUUUUAAAGUUGUGCAAUGAAAGAAUAAAAUUAUUUACAAAUUUCUUUUCCAUAAUGAGGCUUAAGAUAUUAGCUGCUAAAAAGAUAGAACUGUAAACUAGAGACUACAUGUUUCUAAAUUAAUGAAAUUGAGGAAAGAAAACACGAAGAAUUUUUAUCUUUCUACAACCUUUCAACCUCUGUAAAAACUGGGGAAGUGCACAAUUGAAAGCAGAUAUAGGAUUAUAAGAUUAGAAGAAAGAGAAGAAGUGUUAUUGGUUGAAAUAAGUAGAAUGCAAGUAAGAAGAGAUGAAAUAAAAGAAAAAUGAAAGAAGUGCUUGGUGAAAGAAAUAGAAAACAAUUAGUUUUCAAUUUAGCUGAAAAGUUUUUUUUCUUUCUUUGUCAGGUGUCUCUUUUUACUUCAAAAAAAUUUUUUUUUAGUAUGAAUUUACUUCAUUUUCUGUGGUAUUAUUUCAUUUCAAGGGGAAAAUUUAUUUAAAUACCAUUUGCAAAGUUUUCCGAAUCUAAACAUUUUUUUAAUAAAAUUAUUUAGUGAUAAAUAAUUUAAAUCAUGUUAGCGUAUGAGUUACUUAACGAUCGGUUAAUGAAGGAAUAAUUGCAUAUUGAGCAUUAUUUAUGGAAUCAAAAGUGAAGAUAGAAUAUUCGUAUCCAAUUUCUUGUGAUUCCACCCAAAAUUCUGUGUUAAAAUCAUUUGCACAUCAAUUGCUAUUUUAAUAUCAAUGGUCUUCUAUAACAUGUCAACAAUCCUUUAGCAGUAUUCAGCACCUCUAUUUGCCAUAUUUUUAAGUUGUUGAACUCUUGUAGGUGCUAGUGAAAGGGAAUACAAGACCGGGGUUCUAAUUAUUACCUAAAUAUAAUUAUUUCAGAAUGUAUUUAUUUGUGAAAUUUCUGAUGAGUGAGAGACCUGAUAAAUGUAACAUUUGUGUUGUGAAACAUUUGAAAACAAAUAACCUAAAUAUUUUCUUUUAUAUUAAUUUAAAUUGUAAUUGUAAUAUUCCUUUAUCUCUACAUUAUGUUUUUAAGAAUUUUAUUUCUUUCAUGAAGCCGUCUUCAGAGAAUGAAGAUUGCACGUAUUAUUCGUUAUUUCCUUUUACCUGUCUUACUAGAAAGUAAUGGUCUUAACCAUUUACACAUCGAAGCAAUGAAAUUAAUAAUAAAAUUAUUGAGGAAAAAAUAUUCAGUUUUGCAACCACUGUAAUUGGGAACAUUUGUUUUAAGAUAGCCAAUUAUUGUUUCACUUAUAAAGAAACCGUAUUCAAAGAUUCUCAUAAAUACUUAUAUUAAUUUUAUGUAGUACAUAUCACGUCAAGUAAUUUAUUCUGUUAUAAUGUCUUCUCGUUUUUGAGUAGGUGUAUAUUGUGGUUUAAAGGUUUGUAGUGUGGUGUUUGUGAAUGCUUCCUUUUGUUUUCCUGAGUUACUUAUAGGAAUGGAGAUAAGAAGACUUUAAGAUUGUGUAAACACACUCGUGUUAUUUUGUAGAAAUAUUUGUAAAAGUGCUAUGAAGAGGACUUCAUUAUUUAGAUUUAUAUAACAUUGUUUCUGGAAUUCAUUUCACUUUCGUAAUUUAUUUUUGAACAUCUUUUCAUGUUACAUCAUCAGACAUGAUGUUCCAGACUAAGCACAUCGGUAAUUGAUUAUUUAUUCUUAAUACUAUGUUUGCAUUUUAGAUCAUUGCCUCCAUCCAUUUUUGUCACUAAACAAUGAAAAAUUAGUGCCAUUUUUCAGAUGUUUUGUGACAAUUUUUGUUGGAUGCGUAAUAAGGAAGACAGGGUCAUUUGCUGGAUAUGUUGUUUUAUUAAAUACAAAUUGUUGUCCAAUUUGUUUUUGCAUAUUUUUUUACCAAAAAAUUAUUUAGUACUUGAUAUUUUCCUUACAGUAUUUAAUUUUAAAUAACCCAAAUAAAUCAUAAAUAAUUUAUAUAUGUAAUAUUAAAGUUUUCAUGAAAAUUAUUCUUUUUUCAGUUAAAGGGAAGCAAGAUAAGUAUUUCAUAGAGGAAUUAUGUCAAGGGUCAAGUUGGAUAUGUUUGUUUAUGCAAGUUUUGAACAUUUUGUUAACUUAAUGAAAUUGAAGUAUUUGUAGAAGGAAUUUAUUUGUCAAUGUUACUUAAGAUAUUGUCACAGCCUUAUGGAAUGUAUUUACAGUUAUGAUGUGUGUAAAUUUACGUAUGAUAUUGAAGCUUCUUUUUUUUUCAGAUUCUAUUUAUAUAUUCAAAAGAGAAGAGCUUUUGUGUUCAGUUAGAAAUUUAAUCUAUAGUGCUGUAGGUGUAUUUGUGUGAAAUGAUAUUUAUACAAUUAAAUGUAUUUAAAAAUUUAAUAUUUUUUUAAAAUUA